AUGGCUCAGCGAAAUCAAAGCAUUGUGACUGAGUUCAUCCUUACUGGAUUCCCUGGACUUCAUCAAGAGUACUAUGGUCUUGUCUCAGCUGCAUUGUUUUUAGUAUAUUUGGUAACUAUGAUAGCAAAUGCUACAGUUAUUUUUUUAUUUGCAACUGACUGCAGCCUUCAUAAGCCAAUGUAUUAUAUCAUUCUAAAUCUGAGUGUAUGUGACGUUCUCUUUAGCACAACCACUUUACCCAAGAUCAUAACCAAAUAUUGGUUUCAGUCAGGGAGCAUUUCAUUCACUGCCUGUUUUGUCCAAAUGUACUUUGUUCACUAUCUUGGUACAGUUAAUUCUUAUAUUCUCUUUCAGAUGGCUUUAGACAGGUAUUUGGCUAUCUGCCAUCCUCUCAGAUAUCCACAUUUUCUCACAACAUCUAAUAUUCUAAUUCUAAGUAUUACUGCAUGGACUACUGCCAAAGCAGGCCCUCUAAUGGCACCUUAUGCCGUUCCUGCUUUUGUAACUGCAAUGCUUACGCUACUGGGGCCUCUGGCGUUUAUAAUUUUUUCAUAUUGCUCUAUAAUUAUAGCAGUUUACAAGAUAGCAAAUAUGCAGGGUCGCCUGAAAUCACUGUCCACUUGUAGCACUCAGCUGAGAAUAAUCUCCCUCUAUUAUUUACCCAGAUGUUUUGUAUAUUUAGCCAGCAAUGUUGUGAUCAUCAUGCUGUAUAGCCUUGCCCCACCAGUGAUCAAUCCACUCAUAUACUGUUUAAGAGCUAAGGACAUGAGAGAUAGCUUAUUGAAACUAUUCUGCAGACGAACCGUUCCAGAAAAAGCACAGAUUGCAGCCAAUAAAUAA